UGUGUGUAUUUGUGUGAUAGAAAAGAUGUCUACUAAAGAAAGUAAAGAAGAAGAAGAGAAAGUGAGUGAAAAUGUAGAAGAAAAAAAGAGUGAAGUAGAAGUAGAAGGUAGAAAGUGUGUUGUGGUGGUAAUGGAUACUCCUGAGAGAAACAAGAACCAGAUCGUAACACCCAUUUCCAAAUUUGAGGAAUCCCCUUUUUCUAAUUUCCUUAACAACCUUUCGCCCAUCAAACCAGUUAAGUCCGCACACUUCCCUCAGACGCUCAAUACCCUUAGUUUUGCAUCUAUACCGUCCGUGUUCACCUCACCCCAUGUCAGGGAAUCUAGAUUUUUAAGAAGGCACCUGCUCUCAGAUCCAUCAAAACCAGAGUUUGCUUCUGAUGACAGUGUUAAAGAUGAUAACGCUGAAGGUAACUUAGAUGCUGUAAAUAACUCAAAUGAGCCCAAGGAAAGUUUUGGUUCUGAGAGUUCUGUGGUUGAAGCACUGGCUUCACCAUCCCAUGAAUGCUCAAAGCUUGCAGUUGAGCUUGCCAGAAGUCUAAAUUAUGAGUGCAGCAACGACAGUCCCAGUACUUUGCCUACUGGGGGCAUUAGAGGUAAGAGUUUGUCAGAGUUUGCAGGCAGUUCUGUGACAUAUGUCCCUUUGGUACAAGACAAGUCUGGAAAAGGUUUGCUUAGAUGUGAGGUGAAUAUGGAGGGGACAAAUGAAAAUGAUCCAAAUAGAGAACCUUCAGAAUGUGAUUGGGAGAAUAUGAUUUGUGAUGCUACAGAUCUACUCAUCUUUGACUCACCUGGUAACCCUGAGGCUUUCACGAAAGCAACAGGUCCUAAUUUUAGGUCCUUUGGAUUUAUCUCAAAUGAAAUGCAGAAUAUGCAAGAUUUUAGUCAGGUUAGUACCAGUGAGUGUGGUGGAGAUGGAAGUGAAACAGAAAAGCCAUCUACUCAACCUGGGGAUGAAACUCAAGUCGAGGAAUAUACCGAGACCCAAAAUAUGAAACCUGAUUCAUCUCUAACCAAUGAUGGCAUGGGUGUGGGUCAAAGUGAAAAAACUGAAAAUGAGAUGGUCUCUACUCUAUAUCGUGGAAUGAGAAGACGUUGUCUAGUUUUUGAGAUGGUGGGACCUCGAAGAAAGCAUUUAGAUGAGGGUUCUGGUUCUUCUGCUGUGCAAGAAACUGAUGGAAACCUUGCCUGCAACGAGAAGCAGCUUGUACCUUCUAAAACUGUAAAUGAAUCUUCGCGAUGCAUUUUACCUGGAAUUGGCUUGCAUUUAAAUGCCCUUGCAGCAUCUUCAAAAGAUGGCAAAGUUGUCAAGCAUGAAGCUAAUAAUGCUUCUGGGAAACAGCUUUUAAUUGCAUCCGGCUCAGCUGUCAGUCUUCAUCCUUUAGUUACUGGUCAAGAACCACUGAAUAAAUCUCUGCCUGAAACCCCUAGAGAAGGACAAAUUGUUCCUUUUGUUCCUUUAGAGAAUAGUGUACCUCUUAUGGAGGAUGUUUGCCAGGCACCUGGAUAUGUAAAUAAUGAAGAGCUUAAUCAGACUAGUCCAAAGAAAAAGAGGCGUCGAUUGGAACCUGGAGAAGGUGAAUCCUGCAAGCGCUGUAACUGUAAGAAAUCAAAAUGCUUGAAACUUUACUGUGAAUGUUUUGCUGCUGGGGUCUACUGUGUGGAGCCAUGUGCAUGUCAAGACUGCUUCAACAAGCCUAUUCAUGAAGAUACUGUCCUUGCAACUCGCAAACAGAUCGAAUCACGAAACCCUCUUGCUUUUGCUCCUAAAGUGAUUAGGAGCAACGACUCUCUUUCUGAAACAGGGGAUGAUUCCAGCAAGACUCCUGCCUCAGCUCGUCACAAGAGAGGAUGCAACUGCAAGAAAUCUGGCUGUCUGAAGAAAUAUUGUGAAUGCUAUCAGGGUGGGGUCGGAUGCUCCAUUAAUUGCAGAUGUGAAGGAUGCAAGAACGCAUUUGGCAGGAAGGAUGGUUCUAUUUUCAUAGGCACAGAUGGGGAUGCCGAGGAAGAGGAAACAGAUGCAUUUGAAAAGAGUGUUGUGGAUAGAACUUCUCAUAAAAACCUAGUACAGAGUGAUGUAGAGCAGAAUCCAGAUUCCGUUCCGCCUGCUACACCUUUAGCGUUCAGAAGACCACCAAUGCAGCUCCCAUUCUCAUUGAAGAACAAACCGCCUCGAUCAUCAUUUCUAUCCAUCGGAUCCUCAUCCGGUAUAUUUGCUGGCCAAGGGGUUGGAAGGCCAAAUUUCUUUCAACCUCAACCUAAGUUCGAGAAGCCAUUUGAGUCGAUUAAAGAAAAUGAAAUGCCUCAGAUACUCCAAGAGACUACCUCUCCAAUUAGUGGCAUUAAGACAUCUUCUCCCAACAGGAAGAGAGUUUCUCCUCCUCAUGCUCAUUGUGACUUUACAAAUUCGCCCGGUCGUCGAAGCAGCCGAAAGUUGAUACUGCAAUCCAUCCCUUCAUUUCCUUCCCUCACUCCCAAUCCUUGAAGAUCAUCAUCUAAACCAGUAGGUGAACUUGGAAGGAAAUUUUUUAAUAUCUUUAUUAUUGUAGUUAUUAGUUUUAGUUUAGUUCACCUCCAUGGACCUUUUGAGGGCGCCCUUGUUGCUUGUAUAAUAGCCUUGUUUCUUAAUAACCUUGUUUUAUCCUUAAUAAUGAAUUAAAAUCUGUUAGUGUA